GACACUCUGUCACCCAGCUCUGAGAUCAGUCUUGUCCAGCAUACACUGAAGUCUACCCCCCCCCGCUCUCUGCAUCGCCACAGCGCUGCACAGGUCAAAAACCAGCCAUGAACGAUGAUGACAACUAUGAGCUGUUUCAGGAAUUGUAUGACGCCAAUAGCACAACUGAUCCCAGCUAUCUGUAUAAUGAUAAUGAAACUCUCCUGCUCUGUGGCAAGCAGGCUGUCAACCAGUUUGGUGCAAAACUCAUCCCAGUUUUCUACUACACCAUCUUCCUCCUGAGUUACCUUGGCAACGGGCUUGUUCUCUUUAUCAUCCACAAGUUUGAGAACCUCAGCACAGUGACAAACAUCUUCCUUCUGAAUUUGGUCCUCUCCAACCUUCUAUUUGCCUCCAGUCUCCCCUUCCAGGCGACAUACCAUCUGUCUGAGUGGAUCUUUGGUGUGGCUCUGUGUAAGAUGGUAAGCAGUGCGUACUUCAUCGGCUUCUACAGCUCAAUCCUAUUCCUCACACUCAUGACAUUUGACCGAUACCUUGCAGUGGUGCAUGCAGUGGCAGCCGCCAAGAGCAGGAAGAAGGCAUAUGCCAUUACUGCGUCAGUAGCAGUUUGGUGCAUCAGUAUUGUAGCUAGUGUGAAAGAGCUGGUUUUCCAAAAUGUGGGAAAGAGUAUAUUUAAUGGGCUGACAUGUGAUGAGUCGGGAUACUCCGAGAGCACCAUGCAGCGCUGGCGGCUGGUCACUUACUAUCAACAAUGCCUGCUCUUCUUCCUCCUUCCUCUCACCAUGGUGAUGUACUGCUACAUUACCAUCACCAUCCGCAUUUUGUCUACCCGCAUGAAGGAGAAAUGUCACACCAUCAAGCUCAUAUUUGUCAUAAUCUUCACCUUCUUUGCCUGCUGGACACCCUACAACAUCGUCAUCUUCCUUCGAGCUCUUCAGGUCACCAGCAAGGAGGAAGACUGUUCCGACUCGAAAAACUUGGACUAUGAACUGUAUGUGACCCGGAACAUAGCCUAUCUGUAUUGUUGCAUUAGUCCUGUGUUUUACACAUUUGUGGGAAAGAAGUUCCAGAGCCACUUCAGAAGGCUGAUGGCUAAAUACAUUCCCUGUCUGAAGAGACACAUGAGCACCAGCAGCCAGAGCACCAGGAGCACCUCUGCCUACGAGUACUAGACACACACGCACACACACACAUGCACACACACACACACACACACACACACACACACACACACACACACACACACACACACACACACACACACACACACACACAGUCUAUAUUAAGAAUGCAUUUUUUAAUCAGUAUGUGUAUUCAGGUGGCUUGGUUACCAACCAUGCAAAGUUGGGAAAAUUAUGGGGAACAUUAUUUAGACUUCAGAAACAGGUUUAUUACCAGGUAGGUUGACACGUACGAGGAAUUUGACUUGGUGUCGUGGUGCAUACAUAAAAGUAAAGUAAAAAAUUAAAAACACAGAGAAUUAUUUCAAUAAAACUAUAUAUUUUAAGAAAUAUAGAGCACAGACUUAAUAGACCACAUAGAACACAUUUCUGACAAGUACAAAAAACAAGCUUCUGAAAUGUAGCUAGUUCUGUCACACGUGUUAGCCUGGCACAUGGACAUCUUGGACAUGUUGUUAUGGGAACACUAAAUCACAUGACCUGGCCCAUGACCCACCAGACUGUUCACUGUGUGUCACCUAGGGACUUAAUGAGAUAAAAUAAAGGCUAAAGCUGUAUAAGGAACUUUCCAGAACAUUUAAAUGUCAUGUAACAUCUGUGUCACGGUGGGUUCUUAUGGGUUAAUUGGAAGGUUUUAAAGGCAUUUAUCUGACAUGAUAAGGACCUCAAGUAUAAGACAAUGAAUUCAAUGAAAAGAUCAAAACCAGCAAUGUGUUUCUCACUACUUUCUGGCUCUGUGACCUACAAAUUACCUCCCCAUCCCAACCAAACAAUAAUAAACAAAUCAAAAAAUGUUUACAUAAAUAAGAAUUGAGGCUGACCAGUGGGAACGUACAGAAUUUUGAUAUUGUUGGAGCUAAUUUUUCUCGAGAUUUUUAAUAAUGCUGAAAAUGAUGGAAUGUUUCUGCUGUAGACCUGCUUUUGGUGUGUUCAUUAUUCUGAGAUCUCCUGUUGGCUGAAUGCAAAAUGUAUGUAAAAUGUUGUGUAUUUGACAUUGUGUAUUUUAUCAAGGUCCUUCAGGCCCCUGUGACUUGUUGUAUUAUUUAAACAUUUCCCUGAUUCUUUGCACUGUUGCAUUCUGUCAGAUGUUAUGACUCAUAAGAUCAUUUCCCUUUUCUGACCGAACAUCUUGAGCAGUUUCCUGUCAGCUGAGUAAGUGCAUUGCGCACAUCAAUGACUGGAUGAGUAGGAACUUUAUAAAAAUACAAUUUAUUAUUAUUAUUAUUAUAAUUCUGACAAGUAUCAGAUCUUGAAAGUUUGAAAUUAUCUUCCUGAAAGGUGUCACUUCUGAUGUACGUAUAUAUAUUUUUUUAAAUGAUGAGUGUUGUACAGCAAAAGCUGACAGUUGAUGUACAGUAAUUGAGAUGAAGUAGUGGAACGGAAGUGAUGGAUGGGCACACCGCUUUAUUUUCAGCUUAUCUGGUUUCAGUUUACCAUUUAAGUUUAUCCUUCCCAAAGGCCAAGAUUGAACAUCCAUGCACAGAUCAUUUAAGUUGUUCUAAGUGACUAAACGGGUAUUUCAAGAAGGUACUAUAAAACGCUUUUAAAGUUAUAUGGCCUGUAAGGGAACAUUUACACACAGUCAAAUCGAAGCAGAAGAGAUACCUGAUAUUCUAUUUUUGACAUUUCUUAUGUUAUGUGGACAUUUUUUUUUAUUUAUUGGAGAGAACAUCUGUAAAAACAAACACUCUGAAUAAGAGGAAUCUGUUUGAAUGGCUGAUGAUAACAAUAAAACACACAUUGCUUGUA